AUGUCUUACCGCAACGAGUCCGACAGCUACGGCAGUGGCAACCAGAGCUCCGGCUACGGCGGCAACGACUCCUCCAGCUACGGCAACGACAACUCUCGCUCCGGUCGUGACGAGGAUAGCUAUGGAUCCAAGAAGGAUAGCUAUGGCAGCAACAAUGACUCCGACAACUAUGGCAGCAAGAAGUCCAGCUACGGCGACAACGACUCUUCCAGCAACACCUACGGUAGCAAGAACGAGUCCGACAGCUACGGAUCCAAGAAGGAUAGCUAUGCCAGCAACAAUGACUCCGAUAACUACGGAUCCAAGAAGUCCAGCUACGGUGACAAUGAUUCCUCCAGCAACACCUACGGAAGCAAGAAUGACUCCGAUAGCUACGGAUCCAAGAAGGAUAGCUAUGGCAGCAACAAUGACUCCGACAACUAUGGCAGCAAGAAGUCCAGCUACGGCGACAAUGACUCUUCCAGCAACACCUACGGUAGCAAGAACGACUCCGAUAGCUACGGAUCCAAGAAGUCCAGCUACGGUGACAAUGAUUCCUCCAGCAACACCUACGGUAGCAAGAACGACUCCGACAGCUACGGAUCCAAGAAGGAUAGCUAUGGCAGCAACAAUGACUCCGACAACUAUGGCAGCAAGAAGUCCAGCUACGGCGACAACGACUCUUCUAGCAACACUUACGGAAGCAAGAACGAGUCCGACAGCUAUGGCAGCAAGAAGUCUAGCUACGGCGACAAUGACUCUUCCAGCAACACCUACGGUAGCAAGAACGACUCCGACAGCUACGGAUCCAAGAAGGAUAGCUACGGUAGCAACAAUGACUCCGACAACUAUGGCAGCAAGAAGUCCAGCUACGGCGACAACGACUCCUCCAGCAACACCUACGGUAGCAAGAACGACUCUUCCAGCUACGGUGACAACAACUCCUCUAGCUACGGCAACAAGUCUAGCUCUGGUCGUGACCAGGAUAGCUACGGCAGCAACAAUAACAACUCCUCCAGCUACGGUGACAACAACAACUCUUCCAGCUACGGUGGCAACGAUGACUCCAGCGAUAGCUUUGGUAGCAAGCUCCUGAACAAGGCUGAGGGUUCGUGA